ACCCCCCCCCCCCCCAAAGAAAUUACACCAAUUUUAUUCCUGAGAAAACUAGCGUAAAUCCAACCUCCUCACUAAACGUUGAAUUUACGAGGUAGCUUGAAUACAUCUUCAGUCAUUUUUGCGAGACAGCCUUUGAUGGAGGAGUAGCGGCAACGAUUUCAAAAUGGUGCAGUAAGGUUGGCAUGGACUAAAAUGAGUCAAAAUAAUCCCUGCCUGUGGAGCCAACUUCCACAGAGCAUCAGUGCUCCUUGUGACCGCUACAAGCAUGCCUGCUGCAGCUAUGAGGGGAAUGUCUAUAUUCUGGGAGGAAGAGACAACAGCACUCUGAGGGACUUUUGGAGGUACAGUGUAGUCGGUAAUGAAUGGACAGAGUUGAGCUGCAUGGGUGAGACCGCACCAGAAGAAGUGGAGGAACAUUCUAUGGUUGUUCAUAAGGGCUCUAUAUAUGUGUUUGGAGGCACAUUGGAUUCAGCAUACACUCCGCUGAGAUGUCCUCUCUGGGUGUUUGACAUAGCAAAGCUCAAAUGGGUGCACUGUCCAAGAAAAGCAAAUGUUCCUAAGACACCAAUGCCAACCAACAGAAAAGGCCACAGUGCGGUGGUGAUAGGUUCAUCCAUGCUGGUAUAUGGCGGCUUCAUAGAUAUAAAGGGAUCAUCUCGAGAAUUUUGGAGUUUGGAUUGUGAAACCAUGGAUUGGUCGCUGCUCACCAAUUUGGACCAGGGAUCUGUUAGCCCAGGUCCAAGACACAGUCACUCUGCAAUGGUCUACCAGAGCUGCAUGUACCUGUUUGGUGGUUUGAAAGGCUUGAGAGAGCAGAGAGAUUUCUGGAAAUGGAAUCCUGCCACCUACACUUGGAGUUCACUCAAAACUAAGUCCGGACCCUCAAAAUUAAUUGGUCACUCAGUGGUAGCCUACAAGGACAGCAUGCUUCUUUUUGGAGGUGGAGAAAGCCUGAACUAUCCAAAGAACUGUUUAUGGAGGUACAACUUCUCCACUCAUACAUGGUGGCAAAUAAACACAAUGCCAGGAUCAAGCUCUCCGGAUAAGAUGCACCACUGUUGUAUUGGUAUGGGUCCCAAGUACACAGCCGACACCACCAGCAUCUGCUCAGAGACCCACCCGAAGCUGCAAUAUGAAAAAUACCGGCGAACGUGGCCAGGGGCGAUCAGAGAGCUUCCUCGCUGCACGGCGGGCCAGCCGACACGGUCCGCGGAAAGCCUCAUCACUGAGCAGCCGGUCAUCCCACAUGGUUUGUGGUAAGCCUCCUUGCAGCGGGCCGGCCGACACGAUCCAUGGUAAGCCUCCUCGAUGUGUGUGUCUGACAUAGAGCCCCUUGACUGGCUGGUAAGAAGGUGAAAUCCUUCUGUAAAUCUUGUCUUUCAAAUUUUUACCGGUUGAAGUGAACAAGAUUAGGAAUGUGCAUCUGAAUAUUGAUGGCAAUGAAUCAUCAUUUCAGACACUAGGUGACAACAGAAUGUGACAAACCAAGCCAGGAAACAAUAAGUAUUACAAUGCUUGCCUACCUGCCUCCAGUGACGUAGACAGGCCUAGAUGGAAAAAUAAAAGAAAACAGGAAGCAAGUUCCAAAAGUGGGUGGAUCGGUUUGUCAUAAAUCUCAUUCCCAAAAAGCCCUUAAAUCACCAAACUCUUUUAGUAGUUUUUAUUUGAUUUGUUUAUUUUGCCAAGUACAUAAACAACACACUUAUUACAGCUUCAUUUCACAUUUCACGUUUACGUGACUUGUCGAAAAGGGAAGCGGAUUGAAGCAAUUCUGCUUAUCUAGUCCCGUCCUGAUUACAAUCAAGGGUUUCACUGCCAGACACAAUCUACAUUACGACAGUGCUACCUGUCACGGAUCGGAAUGGAGUAGGGCAGUCAGCGGUCACCAAACUACGGCCCGCGGGCCGGAUACGGCCCACGGGACCGUUUAAUCCGGCCCGCCAACCCUGAACAAAUUGUAUUGACUGCGUUUCCCCAGUAGAUGGGGAAGCACUCGCCUGCGCAUUUACUACCGGAAGCCGUGUCAGAAAGCUCGGUGCACACUCACAAGUGCGUGUACGGACAUGGCGCACUCGCGCUCUAUUUGUAUCAGUCCCGAAUUUAGAGCGUGGGCUGUGACGACAGCAUUCUUGUAAUUCGCGCGCUGAGCCUUCAGAUGCAGUUUUGCGCUAAAGCCACCCACAAAAUUUCCCCUGGAAUCCUUCCAUUAAAAUGAGUUGCCCAAGGAAAAGCAAGGUGGACACAGUGCCGAGCGUUUAAAAGUGAGUGGCCAAUUUAGCUCGACGUACGCGACGUGACGUUCAGCCACAUGAAUGUCAACAUCAACGCGUCAUAGAUCGAGGUAAACGGAACAACACCUUGGAUCUCGCCUAAGAAUUGCCACAACAAAUUUUACUCCAGACUAUGACGCACUAGUAAACUUUAACAAAAAAGACAGCGGUGUCUACAAGCCUACUGGAACCUACAAAAGGAUUAUAAGGAAGGAACACAAGAACUUUAAGAGACUGCUCAUAUGUGUCAGAGAGGUUCUGCUCUGACAACUGAGCUGAACUUUUAUCUGUUAAGAUUGUGCAUGGCACAACAGAAAGUUAAUGUUCCAUGGCUUUUCUUUCUAUGAAGAACCCAGAGAGAGUUAUUUAGUUAUUUUUUAUUUCCUGUUUUUUCUGUGAAGAACUCAGAGAGGGUUAUUUAGUUAUUAUUUAUUUCAUUAAUAGUGUUAUUAUUUGUUUCCUGACUUUUUUUCUGUAAAGAACCUGGAAAGGGUUAUUAAAUAACCGUUAUUUGGU